AUGGCUCGCACUCGACACAACACUUCUGCUAGCCUCAGAAAUUCUCCUCAAGCACCAAUUGAAGAUGCUCAACACCAAUCCCAGAUACCUGAAGCUCCGAACUCCAAUACCAAUGGUGGACACAACUCAACUUCAAAUCGAUUCACUCCCCUGGACAAUCUUGAUCAUUCUCCCCUUGAAGAUGCCAACAAUCCAUAUUUCUUGGGUAAUGGUGAUCAUUCGGGACUCAUUCUUGCCUCACCUCCAUUAACGAACAAGAACUUUCAACAAUGGUAUCGGAACUUCAUGAUAUUGAUUGGAGCAAAGAAUAAAUCUGAUUUCCUCAAUGGAUCUCUUCCCCAGCCUUCCCCCAAUGAUCCCCAUUUCAAUUCCUGGCAACGCUGCAAUCAAAUGAUCAUGUCUUGGAUCAUUCAUUUUGUCUCCCCAGAUAUCAAGAGUAGUAUUAUGUUCUUGAACUCUGCAGCUGCUAUGUGGGUCGAACUAAAAAACCGAUUUAAUCAAGGGAAUGGGCCACAACUUAUUGAGCUUCGACAAACUCUCAUUCGUCUCCAUCAAGGUGAUGAUUCAGUCAGCUCAUAA